UCAGAUAAGAGAGAAUUCACCCCCAGGAACCUCUCUGGCAGACACACUCCACCACAGAACCCUCCUCAAUGGCCUCCAUUUGCUACUCUCUUUCGUUCCCUCCCAUCCCCAAACCACCAAACUCGAAGAUAAUCCGACCCUUCCCCACAUAUCUGUCCAACCCAUGUCCUAGCUAUGUUCCCACAUUCCGGAGCUUCAGAACCGGAGCCACGAACUCAACCUCGUCCACCUCAGUCGGUGAAGAAGCUCAGAAACCAAAUGAAGCAUCCAUGAGCAUCGACAAUAUUCACAGCUUCUUCGACCUCAACUUGGGCAAGUGGAACGGUUCUUUCUUUCAAUUUGAUGCUUAUGGGAAUUUGUUGCAUAAACUGAGUACAAAGCUUGCGGUGAGCUCAUAUGGAGAAGAUGAACUCAUCAGUCUCAUUCAGACGCUAUACAUAAAACAACCUUCAUCAAGCACCUCAAUUUUGGGAUAUGAUGAUGAGCCAGAGUGGGCAGAGUACAAAAUUAAAGAAACCAAUAUGUUCACCGUCGACAAAUAUCAACAGAUUGGUUUUUUCCCAAAAGAGAAAGCAUUUGCUCUUAGAUACCAGACAGCUGGCAUGUUAGAAACCGUGUUAAGGCAAGGGGUUCUUGGGGAAGAUGACACUGGCGAAGAAUCACCAAAAAAUCUCAAGCUUCCUUCCCGUCGUCCUUCCAUUGUCUGUGAGAACUGCCUCUAUUCAGUGGAGAAAGAUAUGCGAGCAAGAGCAUUCCAUAUCAUGGACCCAAAGGGCAUCAUAGAAAUGCUUCUCAUCUUCCUCGAGGAAAGAGGUGAUUCGGUGCCUUUUCCUCCUGAACUUGAUAAUACCAUGUUGCGAGGAAACACAAACAGGAUUAUACCAUAUCUUGGUAAUUGGAAAGGUCGCUCCAUCACAAAACGCAGUGGUGCUUAUGGAGCAACAAUUGCUGAAGCUGAAACAGUUUCAUCACUUGAGAUGAAUGACAAGGGUCAGCUUAUUCAGGAUAUUACUUCGACUUUUGCUGGGGGUGAAGUAACCACUAAUGUACAUUGGACGGGUACCCAAUCUGAGAAUUUGGUUACAUUUGAUGGAGGCUACCAGAUGACACUCUUGCCUGGCGGAAUGUACAUGGGAUGUCCAUGUGAUGUGGCAAAAUGUGUGGCAGAAUCCAAGCCAUUCCAUUUGGAGUUCUGUUGGCUUGAAACACCCGGCAAGAGACAAAGACUGGUUCGCACUUACGAUGUAGAAGGCUUGGCUGUCUCAUCAACUUACUUUACUGAGAUUAAAUUGUGAGUACACCUCAUGGGUUGAAUAAAAUGAUGUAUCAAAUUAGGCUUCCUUCUAUUACACUCUAAUACUCUGGUGGAAAUUUUGUAUUGCUUCUAUUCAAUUGCAGUAGGUCAAGGUGUAUAUUUUCAUAGAUAUAAUUGGUCCAUUAUGUGGAAG